AUGGCCCCCCAGGCGUGCUGUGGCGCCGAUUCUUCGCAGAACCCGCCCCUACAGCCCUACAGCGACAUCUCAGGCACAGGCGUUAUUGUCUCGUUCAUCGGAAGUGCCUGUCUCGUCUUGGUCCUCCUCAUUGGCAACUAUCUCGCUUGUUUCGACCCAACAGCGAACCCCUUCGCCCUCGAUCCCGAUAGCAGCGAUGCCGCCUGCAGCCCUGGGGCACCGGCCCCGGACCCCAUGUCCAGCGACAACUCGGCAAACUGGUGGCGACCAAAUCGUGUCGAUUGUUGGUUUCUCGGCCGGGUUAGGCGCAAGAGAGGCCCGUGGCGCAAUGCUAAGAAGGCUUUCGUCGAGUGCAUAAUGGACAUGAGCGAUGUGCAGCUGCUCACCGGCCUCGCCGUCCUCGUCAGUGGCUUCUUCUCCCUCCAGUGCGGAUCCCCGAAUGGACCUCCCAUCUCGGCUUACCACUGGCAGAUGGUGGUGAACCUGGCGUGGUUCUCCAUCAUCGUGCACCUCGCGUCCCUCUCCGUCUUGCACACGCACCUCCGGCGCAGCCCACGCAUGCGGCUUCUCCGGUUCACCCUGUCGCUUCUGCUCCUCGUGCUCCUCCUGGUAGCCAUUGGGCCGACCGCUUUCUUCAACUGGAGGGGCCCGUGGAUCAACUCGAAGAUCGGUGCAGCCGGUUUCGUCUACGAUCCCAACACGUCUUUCUCCGUCAGCGCAGCCAACAUGUCUUCAAGUGCCAUCUGUUACUUUGACUUCAGCUAUGGAUUCAGCAAAUUCAACCAAAUCAGCUCCGAAUUAUCGAUCAAGUUUUCAGAAACCCUUGCUGCCCAGGAGGUUAUUCUCUCGAUGACUCUUUUGGUUUCUGUCUUUGCCACUAGAACUGUCAAACUUUUCAAGCCUCUUUCUUCCGCUUUCAACUCAUCUUUGCGAAGAUUUGCUAGUAAAGCCUUGCGAAGCGUCUUUACAACACUCCUCCGCUCAACGUUUCCUUCAAAGUCCACGCCUAUAAGGCUGCAAUUAUGGAGAAGCCUCUUUCUAUGGCCUUGUGUGGCAGUGUUCUACUGGGCUCGUAUUCUAGCCGACGCCUUAACUUCUCAGCUUUUUGAGGUUGUCGCAAUUCUAUUUUCCCUUUUAUGGGGAACCUUGAAACUGUUUGACCUUCGGGGGUACAGCCCGGCGCUGUAUGAAGAGGAAAGCAAGUUCACCUUUGGCCAAGUCCUCCCGGUACUCCUCCUUGUUGGCUCCGCAUUCUCAGCAAGCAACUCUUUCCUCAGCAGGCUGCUAAACAAGAGUCCCACGUCGGACUCAACAAGGCAACCAUCACCCGCUUCCGGGGAUGACACAAUGAUACCGACGAGUGAUACAGCCGAACAGGUCGGACUGGCAGCAACCGAAAAGGAAUGGGAUUUAAACACUGCCAUAUCCAACGAUUGCUACGCCAGCAACUCUUGGUUUGGACCAUGCGUCGUGUUCUUAAUCCUCCAGUUUACAAUCACUCUAUACGCACCAUUAACUAUCCGCGUCGUCCGAUCCCAGGCCCACAAUUCCAACAUAGGAUACGAGGGCCCACUGUCUAAUCGACCAAACCAAUUGCGACUUGGUCUCCAGAUUUUACCUGCUCUUUUCGAGCUUUUGGCACCGCUUCUCGUGGCUAUAUCACUCGAUCAAAAAUUAAACGCUCACGCAAAAAGAGUAGGACUAUGCUGAUAUUCGUCUUGGUUUUUACACCGAGUUUACUUUUGAAGUUUAUCUUCCAGGUCCUAAUGGAGUAUGCCCCCCGGUCCGCGGAGCAGCUUUCAUAUUCAAAAUCUUUAAUCUUUGCUACGUUUUCUUUGGGCUGGUU